UCUUUGUCUUCACAAAGGAAAUUAAAAGAAAGAAAGAAAAUGAUUUAAAUCCCAAUUCUCAGUUUUCUCACCGAUCGAACCCAAAAUCGGAGUCCAUUUUUUUCGAUUGUACGUCGUCGUUUUUGUGGUGAGUUACUCCGAUCAACCGUGGCUUCUUCAGGGUCCUCGGGUCUGUCUCGGAGAAAACCUUCGGCUUCUGCUUCUUCUCCAUCCUCAGCCUCGACGAGGAUCGUCUACAGGGAGAGAGUUCCGCCGUCGCAUUCCGAUUUGCCUUUCUGGCAGCGUAAUUGGUUCAUCGCCUUGCUUUUCGUUAUGGCCAUUGGUUUCUUCGCUCUUGCGCUCUUUCUCUUUCUCGGUCUCGAUCUCGACCAUGGCUCCCUGUCAUCUGCCUCUGCUGCGUCCUCCGAGGGCGUUGAGAUUACUUACGGGUCAGUUCUUAAGUUAAUGCACGAAAAAACUAAAUUCCGUUUGCAUUCCCAUGACGUGCCCUAUGGUUCUGGCAGUGGGCAACAGUCGGUCACUGGGUUUCCAAAUGUUGAAGAUUCCAACAGCUACUGGAUUGUAAGACCUCAGCCUGGGACAUCUGCGAAACAGGGAGACACUAUUAAAAGUGGUACAAUUAUCAGAUUGCAACACAUGAGGACAAGGAAAUGGCUGCACAGCCACAUGCAUGCGUCCCCAAUAUCGGGAAAUCUAGAGGUUAGUUGCUUUGGCGGGGAUGCCGACUCCGACACUGGUGAUUACUGGAGGCUUAUGAUCGAAGGAAGUGGAAAGACAUGGAAGCAAGAACAGAGAGUUCGGCUUCAGCACAUCGAUACCAGUGGCUACCUACAUAGCCAUGACAAGAAAUACAGCCGUAUUGCUGGAGGGCAGCAGGAGGUCUGCGGAGUCCGGGAGAAACGUGCUGACAAUGUCUGGCUGGCUGCGGAGGGUGUUUAUCUUCCUGUUACGGAGACGAAGUAGAACCAUUUUGGUAAGGUAACCAUGUACUUAACUUUCAAAAUUAGGUUACUAGGGUUUUUGAAAUAUUGAGAGAGAUCGUUACAUGUUUUACAUGAAGUUGAGUUGAUUCCUUAACUUACAUGAAGUUGAGUUGAUUUCUUAACUCGAGAUCGGUCAUUGAAGUCAUGACGUUAUUUGGACAAAAUGUCAUCAGGAUAUGUUCUAUAGGUUGUAUAAUUGUGUCUUUUGAGUUCUAAAGAAUGGUCUACGAUGAAGUCCAUAGAUUGUUGCUAUUCAUUGA